CAACAACAGCUCAACGAACGAUACCCAGCCAGCCAGCCAGUGUUUGUGUUUGCUUGGCUUCUUGCAUUGCUUGACCCCUCUUGUGGUACAUUCAGAACAGCAAUAAAAAGGCAUGAGUGGACAGCAGCCGGAGGUGUUUGAGACACCUGAUGUGACCUACGAUGAAGAGGGUCCCAUUGGCCAGUCACAAACGCCAGAGGCAGAGGCAGAUCCCGCCCUGGAUGUGACCGAGCCCAACAAGGCAGACGCCUACAACAAAUUCAAGGGCACAGUUCUCGAUGCAUCAGAAGCAGAUUUCAACAGUGACAAGAACACAGGCUAUCGCACAUUGCAAGUGGCGGAGCACGGCGCGCUCGACGAAUCUGUGCAGGAGCGCUUCCAUCGCCUUCAGAUUGAAGUCACGGAUUUCCUGCAGCAAGUGCAGCGCAUGAAGGAUGCACAGGACGGCCAGUCGCUCGUGGACGACAGCGGGCCAUCUCUCGCCACCAUGGCCAGCCAGGUGCAAUCGCUGAACGAGCAGCUGCAGCAGGUCAAGUUGGACGAAAUCCUUGGCGCCCGCUCUGCUCCGCUCGACAGGGCGCCGGCCCACGACAAGGAAGUCGCAACACGGCUAGUUGCUGAGGUGGAGAAGAUUAAGGGCACAAGCACACAAGCACCGGAAGCUGCCAAACAGGGAGGCGGGGAAAUCACGUACACGCUGCACUACACGCCAGAGCAGGCCAAGUACCAGCAGCUGUCGCGGGUGGCGGAGUUGGAGCAGCGUGUGGCCCAGCUGGAACACCUCGUCGGUUCACAGAGCAUCACAACCAUCGGUGCGUUUCUUGGGCUGAAGGAGCCCACCUUGAAGGCCGCUGUCGACGCAUUGACACAAAGGGUGUACGGCAUCUCGCCGCAGAGCCUGGACAACCUGAACCUGCGGUUGGCGUCGCUGUCGAAGAAGCUGGACGAGGUCGCCGCCAAGUCCAAGGACCUCGCGCUCAAGGCCGACGAGAAGCAGAAGAUUGAGGAGUUGUAUGCCCUGACGCAGCAGUGGAGCGGCGUGUCCGGUGCGCUGCCGGCGAUUGUGGGCCGGCUUCGCGACCUGCAGAGUCUUCACGAGCAAGCAGCAGACUUUAGCGCCACCCUUACGCACAUGGACCAGGUGCAGACCAACAUCAAGGACCAGCUCGCCAUGCAGGGCGUCACGCUCUCCACGCUUGAGAAAUCGCUCAAGGAGAACACAACGACCAUCCGUGACAACAUGGCCUCGCUCGAGCAACGCCUCGCCGCCCUCUCCUGAACUAUCGCUGGUGCACAUAACCCACACACACGCGCGCACGUGCACACGCGCGCACGUGCACACUCGUGCACGCAUUUUUGGAGCAGCAUGACGUGAUGUUGUGUCAUCGCCAAUUGUCGACAUUUCUUCUUCUUGUUGUUGUUCUUCUUCUCCCACCGACACUUGCUUCUCUUUCUUUUCAUCUCGCUUCCAUGAAAAUGAACCCUCAUCGACCCCACA